GGGUUUUCAGUUCAACCCGAACAACCCUCGCGUUCAGUUUGUCGUAUCAUUAUCAUCGUUGUCGUUCUCGUUCUCGUCGUCGUAGUAGUUCUCGUUCUCGUUCUCUCAUUGUCGUUGUCGGUAUUUCGCUAACACGAAAGUUUAACACGCCGGAACGUGGUCAAUAAUUUCUGGAUUUUCAAGGAUCAACGAUUUUUGGAAUACUUUUUUUUCUCUAUUAUUUUCUUUUUUUUUCUUUUUUGGUGACAAAAAAAUAAAAAAAAAAAUAAAAAAAUAAAAAAAUACGCGUUAGUUGCCGGGGAAAAAAGGAGAGAAGGCGUGUAUUGAUAAACGUAGUCAUAAAACCAUCGUGUAUGGCGGGAAUGAUAUAUAGUUUAUGUUGUGUAUUCCAUUAGAGAGAGAAUAGUAAAAAAAAAAAAAUAUUCCAGUUGUUUUUAGGACUUUUUUUUAAAAACAAAAAAUAGUAGUGUCGUGUGUUUUUGGUUUUGGAAAAGGAAAUAAAAAGAGUGAAAAGUAGUGACAGUAACAAAAUUUGCUUCUUCUGCUUUGGUUCUGCAGCAGAAGUGUCUCGAUAAGUAGAAACUUUAUCGAUGGGAGUUUUGUUUGCUCACGGAAAGGAAUAUUGUCUCGAGGGCUGCUUUUUCUGUUCCGACCUUCGACACAGAGAUGCACGUCCGGACAACGGUCGUCGUAUCUCCAUCUAAGAUGAGGCAAAAACUGGAUCCAUUGUCCAUUUGUUUUUUCACGCUUCUGAUUUCAACUUCGUUAGCAGCUUCAUCACACAAGCACUCUAGACGUCAUCGAAAUUUUUCGACAACUUUAUGGAACGAGAGAACCACAAGCCAUCCAGAUGAUUCGAGUUCACUAUCGCCAAUGGUGUUACACGAAGAUAUUAUUAAUCAUAAGUCGUGCCUAGAAAAAUAUUGCGGAGCAGGAAGAGAAUGCCAAAUUUCACCGGAUGGAGGAGUCGCCCUCUGCGUUUGUGCGACGAGAUGUGCAAGACGUCAUAAACCAGUUUGCGGUAGCGAUAGAAAAAUCUAUGCCAACCAUUGUGAAUUACAUAGGGCGGCGUGUAACAAAGGUGUACCAUUAACUGCCAGCAGGCUCAUGCGAUGUCUUCAUCGAGACGAGCAUCACGAGACACCAAAGGCACUUCCUUUUGGAAAUGCAACUCCACCUUCAUCGAAGAGUUUAGAUGAUGAUAUUAUCAAAAACGACGAUAGCAAAAAUGACAUCAAAGAAAAUGUAGUCGAGACCGAUAGGUACGAUUCAGAAGACUGUUCUGCACAGGAAUAUGAAAUUAUGAAGGACAAUUUGCUGUUGUAUAAUCACGCGAGGCUCAUGGCACAGGAUAAUCAUAGCAAAGAGUAUCUGGUGAGCAUCAUGUUCUCCCACUACGAUCAAAAUAACAAUGGCAAUUUGGAACGGGAAGAACUGGAGCAGAUUGCAGAACGAGAAGAUCUAGAGCAACUGAGUAAAGGAUGCUCUCUUGGUCACAUGAUCAGCUACGACGACGCUGAUAAAGAUGGACGAUUAAAUAUUAAUGAAUUCUACAUGGCUUUUAGCAAACUUUACAGUGUCUCGGUGGUUUCAUUAGACAAAUCUUUGGAAGUGAAUCAUAUAUCGGCGAGAGUUGGCGAUAACGUGGAGAUAAAAUGCGACGUCACUGGAACUCCACCGCCUCCCUUAGUUUGGAGACGCAAUGAAGCGGACCUGGAAGCCCUUUCAGUUCAAGAGGUUCGAGUUUUCAACGAUGGGAGUUUGUACCUAACAAGAGUGCAAUUAAUCGAUGCCGGAAAUUACACCUGUCACGCACUGAGAAAUAAAGACGUUGUCCAAACUCAUGUUCUCACCGUUCACACCAUUCCAGAGGUGCGAGUUACGCCAAGACUUCAGUCAAAGAGACCGGGCGAGGAGGCGACAAUGAGGUGUCACGUGGUUGGAGAACCACUUCCUCGAGUCGAGUGGCUGAAGAACGACGAGCCACUUCACGAUGAACCAGAUAAGUUCGAGGUAAUUGGAAAUGGGACGAAAUUGCUCAUCAAGAAUAUUGGCUAUGCCGACACUGGCGCCUAUAUGUGCCAGGCGACGAGUAUCGGCGGCCUCACCAGGGACAUUAGCAGUCUCGUCGUUCAGGAACAACCGACACCCUCUGCGACGAACGAGGAGAGAAGAUUUUUCUCGUUUCACGAACAAGGAAUUUCCAUCUACGAACCUUCAGCCUGUCGACUAUAUCAUCAAAUUCGAUCGACUGAUAUUAUACCAGGAACUCAGGAAUAUUUAUGCGGAGGAAAGGAUGUUCCUUGCACCUGGGGACGAGCCAUUAAUGUUGCAAAUCGUUACGUUUACGUUUCUCAACCGGACAAGGAUCGUAUUCUGGUUAUUAGCAAAAUUCAAAUGGUCGUUGUUGACGUGGUUGUGACGGACAAAUUCCCAGUUGAAUUACAAUACGUGCAGUCAUUGGAUCAAGUUUGGGUGCUGAAUUGGCGUAGCGAGAGGGACAUUGGAAUAAAAACGGUUCAAGUAAUCAGAGAUGCAGCUCAGAAAAGGAAACACCAUACGGUGCAUCCAGAACCCAUUGAUGGUCAAUUUGAUCUCGUCCGGGGUCUUUAUAUCCCUGAACGUCAGGACAUUGGCUACAUGUGCAAAUAUGGAUACGUGACACAUACAAAUCAACGUGGAAUGUACAAAUUGGAUUUAGCGAACAUGAGAUAUACACGAAGUGCAGAUCUUGCUCCUUAUAAUUGCGUUCCGGCACAUAUCCAAUUUUCAGCUCUCUAUGGUUUCGUGAUAUUGCAAUGCGAGGAGCCAGUUACUGGCAGACCAACCGGUCAAUUACUUCUCGACUAUCUCACCGAUACUGUUCUCGCUCACAAACCCGAUUUAAUCGGAAAACCAAUGGUUUCGCCUGAUUCGCGACAUCUCGUCACAUUGGAUCGUCAAGAAAGUGGCGUUGUCCUCGUCGUUCAGGAAAUUCAAAUGACUGGUUUGAAGUUUGCCUUUGAUGUGAAAACAACCCUCAACAUCAGUGAUAUCACAUUUUACCCAUCGCAAACAACGCACGGCUAUGAUCUCUAUGCUUCAUCCGCUGAUAAAGAGGAUAUUCUAUUUCUCAAUUUGGUUACAGGCAAAGUCGAAAUGAUCACGGGCGUUGGAAAAGCGAUGUCACCGAGUCUCGCCAAAUGGGGAAAUCCAAACAGACCGAUCGUUCAAAGCGGAAUUUUCGGUCGAUAUAUGGUCAGUCCAUCAAAUGAAGCUCUCUUUGUUCUUAAUGGAGAAACUCGAACAGUAAAUUGUGAGAUUGGAGGAUUGACACGUCCCGGAAUGGUUGUGUGGUUUACCGUCUCACUUCAUUAAAAAAAAAAACAAACAAAAAAAAACAAAAAAAUUCAAGAACUGUGAAAAAAAAUCAUCGCAAGUACCAAAAAUUUGUUAACGAAUUUUUUUUUCUCUUCAAACACAAAAAAUUCGAAUUGUGAAUUUUUUUUUCAAUUCUAA